AUGGUCUGGCAGUACGUGACCCCUAUCGUCGGAUCGUUGUUGGCCCUCUUCCUUGCCGUGCUGUAUUUCACCGGGCCCGCCGACGAUGCCCUUGCCGCCGAAGUGAUUCUCGGUGACAGGCGCGAUGACGAUGGUUGGCUGCCACCGGCGUUCGUAGACUUCACAGGAGCCAUUAACGCGCCGCAGAACACGCUGGCGGCAAUCCAUGAAGCGAACAGGACGGGGGCCUCGGGAAUCAAGCUCUAUUUGGCCAUCCAGGGCUACAGCAUCGGGGUACUCAUCCACGACAGGAAGGAGCUGGAGAGAGCCGCGAAACGCAGGCGUAUGCUGAAGGCAACGAAAGACCUGAACCGACUCCGAGCGAACGAUGUCGGCGAGGACGGCGAGCGGGCACCGACGCUGAAGGAAGGCGUCGAGGAGUGCCUCCGUCUUGGCCUUCGGGUAAUCGUGGACGUCCAGGAACACGACAUCCACUCCGUGUUCCACAUCGUCAACCUGUUCCGCGAGCGACCCGAAAUAUAUAGACGAGUUCUGGUCGUCUCUCCCAGUCCGAAGUUUCUCGUUCACCUGGAUGGUGGUCGCAUCGUGACGGCGCUAACCCGGCCUGCUGGAUCCUAUGCGUACGAGGACGAGCAGAACACCAAGCGACGCUAUGAUAAAAUCCUGUGGCACCUGAUUGCGAAGGCCGCCGACUGGCUACUCGAAUGGUCCUUCGAUUGUGGCCUGCUGACUCACCUGACCAUGGUUUCGGCGGUGCUAGUCAACGCAAGCGUGAUCAGCCCCCAGUACGUGCGCUCUUGGAGGGACUGCGGCAUGCGUGUCAUCGCGCUGGCUUCGAACGACUGGGCUGAGCACGAUUACCUUCGUCGAGUUGUUCAAGUGCCUAUCGUUACAAGCAACUUACGUCGUAGUUAG